GCUCCUCAAAGUCACUGUUAAUGCAUUGGAAGGAAAAGACUGCAAGGAAUCUGUCAGGCUGAUUGCAGAAAGCACUAAUCUCUCAGAAGAGCAGCUUGCUUUUCUCAUUUCUGGCAUGUAUACCCUUCUCCGAGAAGCGUUGAGACUCCCCUUAUCAACUUUCAAACAAGAAGUUUUUAAGGAAGACCUAAAGGAGCUCAGGAUACCAGAAGAUUUCAUCAUGGACUUUUCCAGUAUAGUCUUUGGUAACAGGCGUCCUGCUUCCGAAGGCACAGCUCUGAUACAAGGAAGUAGGCUGCCAAGUGUCCAGGACUUCAGGUGGAGAGUGGACGUAGCUAUAUCCACAAGUUCACUGGCCCGUGCACUUCAACCAUCCAUUCUAAUGAUGAUGAAGCUUUCAGAUGGGACAGCUCAUCGCUUUGAAGUGCCAGUUGCAAAGUUUCAAGAACUGAGAUACAAUGUUGCCCUUAUACUGAAGGAAAUGAAUGAUUUGGAGAAAAGGAGCGUACUGAAGAUCCAGGACUGAACACUUAAAUUGGGAGUUUAUAGACCAGAUCUGAAACCCUCAGCGUGUUUUGUGAAUGGCAAAGCAGGGGACCAUCACCACUUUGCCUGUCUGAAUUGCAAUGUCGUGUUUAUGAUGUCUGCUGUAAAUAUUUUUUCGAUUCAAGUGUUAAAAGCACAAGCUCUUUUCCUAAGACUUAGGAAAACCAAAAAAUAUAUCUAUGAAAAAGUAUAAAGCUGUUUGUGAGCAUUUUUGCAUGAUUCAUCAAAACAUUUUUUAAAUAACUGUCUUAAUAGAUGUAAGAGUCAUUUAUUUCUGAUUAUGAUUCAUCACUCUAAUUAUUUUUGAAAGCCUGCCACCGGAAGCCCCAUCAAUGUGUAUCAUAAGAAAGCUCUGCAAUAUCUCAAAUAAAAAAUAAAAUAAAAAAAACACUUCUGCACUCUAGUAUGACAAAAGUGAACUUGAGUUUUGCAUAAGUAAAAUUGCUGUCUGGCUUCUCACUAAGUGACGAGGUAUAGCUACAGAUAUUUAAAGGCUAAUUUUGAAGAAAAUUGGAAGUCUGUGGAUCAAGAAAGAAGUAUCGACUGAGCUUCCAGAACUAAUUCCAUGGAAUUGCAGAAGUGGAAAGGUGCAAUCUAAGUCUUUGUCUGGUUGAUCAGAAUGGGCUAAAUAGCACUAAUCUCACAGAUUUCUAACUGGAAACGCCUGCCUCUUGUUUCAUGCAUUUCCUUUAUGCUUGAUGUGAACAGAAUCAUCUGACUUAUUACUGGGCAGAAACCUCUGGCACUGCGAUGACAGCGAACAGCAGGAGGCCGUAACCUUGUAGAUCACUACAGCUAUAUACUCAUUAAUAGUGCAAGUCAGACCCCAGGAUGAAGAGGCUGCGUACAGCCUCUGGGAUGAAAGUCACAGGUAUGAGGAUAUUCAAGCCCCCAGGUCAAGAAAACAGUUAAGCAUAGGCUGAAGUUCCCUGAAUUGGUCGGGCAGUUGGACUAGAUGAUCGUUGUAGGUCCCUUCCAACUGAAUUAUUCUAUUCUAUUCGAAGUUACUCCUUUGCCCCAUGAGUAAACCUUGGAAGAACUCCCUUAACUUGAAGCAUAUGCUUUAAGUCUCAUUUAAAUGCUGUGGGACCACUAGUAUGGCCCUCAGAGUUUUGCCAAGAAGGGAUGCGUUCCUCAAUCAUUGCCUGAACGAGUUUUCCCCCAGCAGCAAAGAUACGGAGGCUGUGAGCAACGGCCCAAAGACAGCACAGGCGUGGGCCCUAGAACUGUAGGAUUUAUCUGGCUGUCAAAGGUAGCUUAGAAAGCACAUGCCACUACCAUUGUUAAGCAUUGGCUUAUUCUAGCUGCUUUCAGGGUUUCUACCUCAGUAGUACCACCCAUGCUUCUCAUUUUUUGUGAUUGUAGAACUUGCCUUUAUCUUCCUCACUCCCCGCAGAAAACUGCUGAAAUUAAAAUUGUGGAUUCAGGAGGCCUUUUACACUCCCACAGAUGUUUGUGUAGGAAAGGAUGACUUGGCUCUUGGAUUUUAAGAAUCACAACAGGCAUAAAAAGACUUCGUUGUCAUACUUUUUAAGAGGCGACUUCUUUGAUAGCAGUCCAUACCGAUCUAAAGACAGCUAAAUAGCUGUGGUCCAGAAACCUUUUAAAACCUGUGCAAGAAUGUGUCCUGUAGUUUCAAAUAAACCUAUCAGCUG